GUCUCUGCCUCUGUGUGUGUUUAAGUUUGUUUUGAGUUUUUCCGUAUCGAAAUGUGCAAAACGAUUUCAGUCUAAUUCAGACGCUCGUGCUGAGAAGACUUUUGGCCCUGUUUGUUGGCCAAUACACACGCAAACGCAAACGCACACACACACACACACACACACACAGACACACACGCUCACGGGCAACCGGCAUUUGCCAUACGAAACAUUGCAACAGAACACAGAAUAGUAGUGUGUGGCAGGCACGAAGCGAGAGUCAGCCCAGACCAGACCAGAAAGAGGCACCCAAAAAAACGAAUUCCCAGCAGAUGGGUCAUUAACGUACUACGUAGUGCGCGUAACGUAACGUAACACACAUACUACACAUAGAUAAAGAUACAUAGAUACAUUUAUAAAAGAUAAGAGAUACAUUUAGCAUUGCCUUUUGGCAGCCCCGUCUUGAGUGCAAUGUGAAUGAUAAACGCGCGGUUAGAUCAAUCGUUAAUCGAUAAACGAUCAUCGAUAGUUCGAUAUCGAUAGAUCGAUAAACACUCAAAAUGGCCUCACUGGAGGUGAAGCUGGAAACACUGGAAGCAGAAAGGGGCGGCAGCAACACAGACAAUGAAACGCAAUCGAACGUCGAGCAGGCACAAUCCGCCCAAAGGCAGCGCAGCGGUGGCACAACAUCACCCCGGGAGGGCGGCAGCAGCAGCAAUCGAAGCUCCCCCACAGAAGAUCGCAGAGGAUCGGAGGAGAGAGGAGGAGCACCAGCUGCAGCAGGAGCUGGACAGACAGUAGAGGAAACAGCUGCAGGACUCGGCGGACGUAUCGGAUCAUCACCUGUGGCCGGUUCACCCACAGCCUCUGUCCCUGGCUCGCCCCCGUCCACACCCUCGUCGCAACAGUUCUGUCUGCGGUGGAACAACUAUCAAUCGAACCUAACGACGAUCUUCGAUCAAUUGCUGCAAAACGAAUGCUUCGUGGAUGUGACACUCGCCUGCGAUGGCCGCUCCAUGAAGGCCCACAAAAUGGUGCUGUCCGCCUGUUCGCCGUACUUCCAGACCCUUCUGGCGGAGACGCCCUGCCAGCAUCCGAUCGUCAUAAUGCGCGACGUCUCCUGGGGCGAUCUCAAGGCCAUUGUGGAGUUUAUGUAUCGCGGGGAGAUCAACGUCAGCCAGGAUCAGAUCGGUCCGCUACUGCGCAUUGCGGAGAUGCUCAAGGUGCGCGGCCUGGCGGAUGUCACCCACAUGGAGGCUGCCACAGCAGCAGCAGCGGCAGCCGCCUCGGAGGCACGCGACUCCUCCCCCAAGGAGACAUCCCACCGCGACAGCUCUGUGGAGCAGAGGGAGGCCGAGGAGCUGCUGGCCUUCAUGCAGCCAGAGAAGAAGCUACGCGGCGACUGGGACUAUCAUCCCGCGUCCUCGGGCCAGUCCAGUGCCGUCUCCACGGCGGGUGGCAACCUCGAGCUGCGCCUCUCCCCGCUGGAGCGACAGCAGGGGAGGAAUGUGCGCAAGCGACGCUGGCCAUCGGCCGACACAAUCUUCAAUCCGCCCGCCAGUCCGCUGAGCAGCCUGAUCGCCGCCGAGCGGCUGGAGCUCGAGCAGAAGGAGAGGGAGCGCCAGAGGGACUGUUCCCUGAUGACGCCACCGCCCAAGCCGCACUCGCAGGUUGGAGCAGGAGGAGGAGGAGGAGGGGGCACACCGAGACGUCUCACUCCCGCCUUGGAGUCGGCCAUCCAUGGCCUGGAUAUGCCCUCGCCAGCGGCCACUCCUGGCCCGCGAUCCUCGCGUGGACUUGCCCCCAGCCCGCAGCAUCACUCGCAGCAGCAGCAGCAUCAGCAGCAGCAGCAGCAGCAGCAGCAUCCGUUGCAUCUGCCACCUGUGCCUCCGCAUCACUCGCACUCGCAGCAUCUCGGACUGUCGCCCGUCUCCUCGCAGCAUGGCGUGUCCUCCGCGGGCGCCUCUCCGGCUGGGGACUCGCGCUAUCCUCUGGGACCCAGCGCCGCUGCAAUGGCCGCUGCCAUGGAAUUGAGUGGCCUGCCACCGCAUGGAGUCGGUGGAGGUGGGGGAGGUGCCUCUGCAGAGCCACGCCUGCCGCCGCCACCGCCCCAUCAUCAUGGUGGCGGAUCACAGGGUGGAGGAUCGGUUGGCGGCCCCUCGGGCUCAUCGCUGGCCGACGACAUGGAAAUCAAGCCGGGAAUAGCGGAAAUGAUACGAGAGGAAGAGAGGGCCAAAAUGAUGGAGAAUUCGCAUGCCUGGAUGGGGGCCACCGCUGGCUCCACGCUGGCAGACAGCUACCAGUACCAGCUGCAGUCCAUGUGGCAAAAGUGCUGGAACACCAAUCAGAAUCUGAUGCACCACAUGCGCUUCCGGGAGCGUGGACCGCUCAAGUCGUGGCGACCCGAAACGAUGGCCGAGGCUAUCUUCAGUGUGCUCAAGGAGGGUCUCUCCCUGUCGCAGGCGGCCCGCAAGUACGACAUUCCCUAUCCCACGUUCGUGCUGUACGCGAAUCGGGUGCACAAUAUGCUGGGACCCUCCAUCGAUGGCGGACCCGACUUGCGGCCCAAGGGACGUGGCCGACCGCAGCGUAUCCUGCUGGGCAUUUGGCCCGAUGAUCACAUCAAGGGCGUGAUCAAGACGGUGGUUUUUCGCGAUGCCAAGGACAUGAAAGACGACAGCCUAGGCGGCCACAUGCCGCCCUACGGUCGUCACUCGCAGGAGAUGACGCUCAGCUAUCCAGGCGCUAGUGGCGGCAUUCCAGGACCAGGAGCCGCUAGCCUCAGCGCUCUGGCCUGUCCCAAUGGCAUGGGCAGCGGUGGAGGCGGAGUCCCAGGCGGACCCGGAGGAGGAGUCGGAGUUGGCGUAGGGCCUGGCGUCGAUCAGCACAUGUCACAGGAAACAGCAGCCGCCGUUGCCGCCGUGGCGCACAACAUACGACAGCAGAUGCAGAUGGCUGCCGCCGUGCAGCAUCAGCACGGGGAGGCGGGGCCGCCGGUGGUGCCACCGCCUGGGGUGUUCAACCUGCCGCCACACCUGGCCUCUGGGCCACCCGGCAGCAGGGGCAGCAUUUCCCCGGCGUUAAGCAGCGGCUCUGGCCCGCGACACGCUCCCUCGCCGUGCGGCCCCGCCGGCCUGCUGCCGAAUCUGCCGCCCAGCAUGGCCGUUGCACUGCAUCGCGAUCCGGCGGCGGCGGCGCUGCUCAGCCAGCACCAGCAGCAGCAGCACCAUCUGCAGCAGCUGCACCUCCAGCAGCAGCAGCAGCAACAUCACUUGCAUCAGCAGCAGGUGGCGGCGGCAGCGCAUCAUGGGAUGCAGCAGCACAAGUCCGGUUUCGGUGGCAGUUCCAUGGCGGCGGCCAGUGCCGCCUCCACAUCCGCAUCAUCCUCCUCCUCCUCCCACCAGCAUCAGCAUCAGCACUCGCAUCAGCAUCCGCACUCCCAUUCCCAUUCGCUGGGGGAGAAGGGCAUGCCCCAGAAGAAGGGCAGUCCACAUCGCAGCGAAACGCCGCGCCUGCACUCGCCGUUGGGCGAUUUGGGGCUCGAGAUGUCCAGCUACAAGCGGGAGUUCUCGCCCAGCCGCCUCUUUGCCGACGAUCUGGCGGAAUUGGUGGGCGCCAGCGUGUCCUCCUCAUCGUCGGUGACGCAGGGAGCAGCAGGAGGUGGAAGUUCCGCGGCCAUUGGUGAGGCAGCAAGCUCCAGUUCCAGCGGUGGCAUCAAAGUGGAACCCAUAACCACCACCAGCGAGUAGCGAGUAGCGAGCGACGAGUAGCUAAUGAAAGAGUAUGGAAAUGAUACAGAAAAUGAAUGAAUGAAGCAAUCAAAAGAGCGAACCAACUAAAAUCAGAUGAAGAAAAGAAAGAAAAGAAAAGCCCAAAAGGGUAGACGACUACCCGUAACACUUAUAUAUAAAUAUAUACAUAUAAAUAUAUAUAUUUGUAUUCCUCUAGUUUCCUUCUAAAACUCAAACUUCGCCCCUAGGUUCUAGCCGUACGUUUAUUGAAUCAAAAUUCAAAGUAUUAUUAUGUUAUAGUCCAUCGGAUAAAUAGCGAUCUCUUUAGUUUGUAAGCACCCACAAAAACACGUCCGAAGUAGUCCGGAACAUUCCAUUACAAAAAUCAGAAGAAAUUCCCCGACAAAAACAAAUUCACACCGCAAAAGUUUUAACUCCAAACCACAAUAAAGAAUAAAAUUAAUUUUAAAUGUAAAAGUAACUUAAAACAAUGAAAAACCUUAAAUAACGAGAUUUUGUAAGCGAAAUAAUUGUGUGCCCGACUUUGGUUUGGUUUUUAAUUUAUUUUAGCAAAAAGAACGAAAAAAAAUGUACAAAAUUAUAACAAACAAAAUUUAUAAGUGGAAAAAGAAAACUAAAUUUAAUGUUUAGGCUAACACACUCACAAAAUGAAAAAAAAACUCACAAAAAAUGCCUUUCGGAAUUAAAUUCAGCGAUGAACAAGAAACAAAAUUUGUAA